AAUUUAAAAAACCCAACCAUUUUCAGAUCUAACCUAAUGACUGGAGGGGUGAAACGAGGUGUGACCAACCCAUGGCUUCUGGAAGAGACAGAGGAAACCAGUGGGCUUAACUUUGGUGAGAUCAGACAGCAGCAGCAGAGGAUCAUACAAGAGCAAGAUGCUGGGCUUGAUGCUCUCUCCUCAGUCUUAUCGAGGCAAAAACAAAUGGGGCAGGAAAUUGGGAAUGAGCUGGAGGAACAGAAUGAGAUCAUCGAUGACCUCACCAAUUUGGUAGCAAAUACAGAUGACAAACUGCGCAGUCAAACCCGUCAUGUGAAGAUGGUGGACAAAAAGUCAACUUCAUGUGGAAUGUUGGUGGUGAUUGUGUUGUUGCUGAUUGCAAUUGCUGUGGUUGCUGUCUGGCCAACACACUAAUGCAAGUGCGGGAACCAUCAGAGAUGCCACUUAGCAGCAGCAGCAGAGCUGGACAAUAUCAGAGGAUACAAACAACUCCAUUGCAAACACGUUUUGUGUGUUAAGUAAACUCAGUAUUAGAAUGAAGAUGUUGCUGCACGCAAUGCACAGCCAGAGGGCUGUGGCUAGUUUGGAGCAUUUGAACUUCAAAAGGACUCUUCUCCUUCCUUGGUUUUAUACUUCAGAGGGACACAACUGGAGUAGGUGCAUCUUUUAAGAGAUUUACCCUUCAGUGCAACUGACUCUAAGCAAGCAAUCUGCCCCUUUUGUUGAUAGAUCAGUUAUCCUGAGAGUUUAAUGUACUGUAUGCUGCUCCUACAUAGUUUGUGUGGUAUAUGUGUUGAGUUCCUCCUCUCUUGCUAAAUGAUGAUCUUUUGAACCAAGAUUUUGCAUCUUAUAAAGAAGUGAGUGUUGUAAGGAACUAAAUGAUGCUGAGUUUCAAUGAAGUUGGAGGGUCAGAGAGCAGGCACAGCUUGAGACUGAAAAGCCUGGUGAUGAGGGUAGAACAGAAUAUAGGGACUGAGGUGUACCUUACAAACAUAAGUAUGAGGCAGUCUUUGGCUGUUGUGAGAGAAUUACCAGUGUUGAUCUGCACAGAUCAAAAUGCAAACAACAGUGGAGCUUUCCAACAUUUAACACAACGGGGUAUAGAACAGCGGAAAGCUCUGCCCGACGUGUGCUCAUAAGGGGGGAAAGUGUCUUUCUGCUAACUGUACUCUGGAGUACGUUUACCCCAACUGACUAACUGCAGAAGUCCUGAUACAGUGAAUAAACUAGUCUCAAGACCAGAGAUGUGCACAGCUUUCUUUUAUCAUUUUUCAUAACUGUUAAAACUGCAAAGGAAAAUAUUACGAGUAUUAAAAAAAAAAAAAAAAGAAAAAAGAACGUAAUGCUCAUUGCUGUCCCAAAAAUCAUUAUUUUGUUAUGUGCCAACUUAACUGUCAGAACUGAUAGAGCAAUAACAACACUGAAUAAAAGCUGAUCCAUUUACAUGCUG